CAGUGCGACGUCGGCCAUGAUGGAGCUGAAGCGAGGAAUUCUGAGAGUUCAUGGCACAUUUCUGUGGCGCGAGAGGGAAGUCGUCGUGACGCAGGGCCAAGUUGCAAUCUAUCGACGGUCCCAUCGCACGCUCAAGUCCAAGAUCAAUCUGUGGGACCCGCAUGUCCACAUUGGGUUUAUCGCCAAUGAAUCGACGCUCACCAUCACCGCCCACCACCACGAUGAGCUGAUCCUCGACUGCCAUACGCCCGCCGACCGCGAUGUAUGGCUUGCCGUCCUGUACUCUGCCCAAGCCAACCCCCCAUUCGCCGCAUCUACUGUGUGUCAGGUCGCCGACGCCGAUUCGGACACGGAUUCCGACUUUGAAUCGUCUGGGACUACGGAUGACAGCACGACCGAGGGCACGUUGGCCGCGUUUCAAAACGUCCGGUCCUCCAUCAUAUUUGACGUGAGCCAGCUCACGCGCGACGAAAUCAACCGCGUGCUGCUGCCCACCACCCAAUCCCUUGAUGCGGCUCUCGCCGUCGCAUCCCCCACUCUAGCCCCAUCCUUCCCGUCCAAACCACAAGGUGUCGCCGCCCCCUUCUCGUCCUCCAAGCACCUCGUGGCGCUGGCUAGCUACAUUGAGCACACCGAAAAUGGAGGUCGCGUUGUGCUUUUGCAUUGGGAUGUUAUCACGGACAUGUGUUUGGGUGUGACGUUGCCCGCUCUUCUCGUCGUUCUCGCCGACCGGCAAAGCAUUCGCGUGUCAGCCACCAGCGGUGUCCUUACCCACCGCAAGCCCAGCCUCACACACAAGACCAACGUGUCAGAGUUUGUUCGAGACCUGCUGUUCCAUCCUCUGUACUGCCAGCGCCUGCGCGCGUGCGAAGCGGCGUGCUUGGCGGUGAUCGACGCCCGGUUUCCGCAGUGCCGACUGCGGCGCUUUAGCCACACGGACGACGACCUGCCGUCCACCCUCAAGUCCUCCGUCACGUCCAUUCCGUCGCUCGUCCGCAAGCACAGCGUGCCGCACACGUUGUCGUCGUCAACGUUGUUGCUGUCAUCCGAUUGGUCGUCCGAGCGCAAGAAGCGCAAUUCGUUCCCAAGCAUCGUCAUGUCUGGCAUUUCGUUGGCCCAGUUGCAACCGACCACCGUCAUGAAUUCGUUCGCGACGGUGCCGCCCCUGCGCACGGUCAUGGCCACGUACAAGCUGACGCCAUUGGCGUUUGCGCAGCAGUGUACACUGUUCCACCAUGGACAGCUCACGGCGUUGCCAUUGUGGAGUUUUCUGUCGCCCGGCCAUUUCCAAAAGGACAUCAGCGAUAGCUUCAACCGCCUUACGACGUACUUAGUGUGGUCGAUUCUGGUCGAAGAGUCGCCGACCGACCGCGCGGACGCCAUCGACGCCGUCACGGCCGUCGCGAUGGCAUCAAGUGCCAAGUUCGUCAACAACUUCCACCUCGUUAUGGCGUGCAUUGGGUGUUUGGGCGACACGCCCCUAAUGCCGUCGAGACUUCCGCUGACGUGGAAGCGCGUCAAGUCCAAGACCAAGGCGCAUCUGUACGAACUACGGUCCUUAUGUGAUUACGCCGGCGGGUUCGACACCCUAAGGCGCAAGCAGUCGCUUAUCUCGGCCACGUGUCCGUCGCUGCCGUUCCUCGGCAUCGUCGGCGCCGCCCUCGAACGUCUCAAGUCGUCUCCGUAUGUGGUGCCUAGUACCACGACGAGUACUACUACUACGGCUAGUAGUACUGCUACGGCUACUACCAGCAGCGGGGACCAUCACCUCGACAUGGAACGCAUGGAACGCCAGUACCAAACCCUACAUGUGGUCGAGAACGCCAUGACGACCGCGUACCCCCUUGUGGCGCAAAGUGACGUGCAACACCUUUUGGGCACGUUGCCCAAGCAGUUGCAGUUUGCCACUCCCAAGUUGCUGCACAUGCGGUCGUUGCAGUUGCAGCACAGCGAGACGCAGAGCUUGCGGUCGUCUGCGGCCGCCGCCUUGUUCUCGAGCAACUCAAGCAACUACGAGUCGACCCCGGCAAGUUCGAACGGAGCGCCGCAAGCCACAACGACGGGCAGCGCCAUGCGACGCGUGUCCCUGACGUCGGAAAGCGGCCGCGUGCUGUCGUUCCGGGCGAGCUGCGUGCUGUGGCACUGCGUGGCCAAACCGGAGGACCGGCUCAAGGUGCUGGUCGAAGCCCUCUUCGCAGACGACAAGUCGAGUCCGGCGCGGCUCGCGGCGACCCUCCACCGAGACGUCAAGACGUGCGCGUUCUCGUCGUCGUCGGCGGCCAUGUGCCUGCAGGUGACUCAGGGCCUCGACGCCAUCUUCCGGACGGUGGUGGACACGAGCGGCGGCGAGUGCGUCGAAGUAACUGGAUGGGAGGACCCGAACGAGUGGCAACCCAAGCUGUACGAGAGUAUCGUGGACGUGGUGUUUUCGCCCAUGGCCCAGAUCGUGCAAGUGAAGCUCCAGGCAGAGUACAAGGAACAGGACGGGCACGUGCGAAGGCGGCUGCAGGGCCAGGCCACUGACACCCUCGUGCACUAUACCAUGUUCAACCCGCUCAACCAGCUGGUGCUCCAAGGACAGACGCCCGUCGCGCUGCUGCGCAUGCUGGCGUCGGUGGUCCAAGAGCUCAACGCCACUGAAGCUAUCGCGCGGAAGCAGUUCCGGACGCUGCUCGCGAAUAGCACGGCCAUAACCCCCCAGAGUGCGAUGGAGUUUAUUUCGUCUACGAUCGACCUCACCAAGUGCUCUCUGGAUCUCGUGCGCGGCAUCGACCUCUUGAAAAAGGCCGUGCAAGGCUCAUCGCAGUAGGAGUGUCAGACGCUCCCUGGAUAUUAUUUAUUUAUUGGUAGUACUUUUAUUAAACUUGGAAUAUGGAAAAU